AUGGCAUUUCGUCCUUCGAGCCGCUCCUCUUCUUCUACCACCUCCUCCGCCUCCUCCACUCGCACCUGCCGCGAAAAGCGUCUCCCCAACUCCGCAGCUGUCGGCGCUCUCGUCUAUUUCUGCGGCCGAGACCCGCGCAAGGUGAAAGCCAUGCGUGUCUACGAGACAACCUACGAUUACACUCCGACGGACGACUUCGAUGCGAGGAGUAGUGCCAGUAGUUCCAAACGCUCUUCACACUCUGGGCUCUCCUGGUCUAGUGGCAGUAGCACUGGCAGCAGGACAAAGCAGGAGUUUUACUUUAUUGAGUCCAGGGGCAGUGGAUACUGGCCUGUUGAUGGAUAUUAUGGGGAGCAACAACCACCACCAGCAGCGUCGGCAAAGAAAUGGAAACCGCCCAAGAGUGGGAGGGAAUCUCGCUCUUCGAAACGCUCUAGCAAAAGUGGUGGUAGUCACAGACACAGUCAUGGGCAUGGGCGACAAGGGCCGCCGAGCGACAUAUCCGAGGAAGAAGAAGAAGAAGAGGAGGAGGAGGAAGAAUUCGACGACGGCACAACCAACGAUAGUGCCAGUAUCAGCGAUGCCGGAAGUGGAAGUGCUUUCAACGAAUACGUCUAUCGGGGAGGUGGAGGCCCUGGAGGCCCUGGAGGCCCUGCAAGCUCAAGUUACACUCCGAGUCCGUUCCCGCAUGACCAGCCAGGCCCGGGCAUGAUGCCCCCUCCUUUUGCUUCCCCAGCACCACCACCUCCUCCUGGCUCUUACCCUCCCAGUGGCGGAUUUCCGGGGUACCACCAGCAACAGCAACAGCCGAUGUACGGAAUGGGCGGUAUGGGUGGUGGUUCUCUGCCACCGAUGCCACCAAUGACACCACAUGGACAUGGGCGCUUCCAGCAUCCUCCACAUCCUCCUCAUCAUAUGCCGACUCCGGGACCACCUCCUCCGAUGAUGUCAGGUGGGGGAGGUGGAGGACAUUUCCAACAAGAUGGAAAUGGUAUUCAGGUGUUUAUGCCGGAGUGA